AAGAAACAUUGGUUAGGACCUUUAUUGAUGGAUGGAGGACGACCAGUCGGCAUAUUCUCCUAGGAUUUUGGACGGAUUGGUGACCCACGGCGUUUUCUGGCAAGCAAGUUCAAGGUGAGCCAGGUCAAUAGGACAUAGGGGGAAGACGCCCAGGCCAAAUAUUUUCCGCGGCCCGACCACCAAAAAAGAAAAAGGGAAAAAAAGAAAAGAAAACCACACCACCAUGGGCCGGACGUCCAAGUUCACCUUCCCGGUGCCUGGGAAGAAGCCGAAGAACAACCUGCCGCCCAUCAUCUCACCUCCCAUGUCGAAGGUCCAAAAAAUCCUGGGCAACGCCGAAAUCAAUAUUGAGUCGCCACGGUCAUGGGACACCUUGUCCGCCUCCGGCAUCAGCGUGUCUGUGUCAGAUCACGGCAGCACUGCGAGUAGUCACCACGGCGGACAAGACAGGCAUUUUUCAGGCAACGGCAACGGCAACAGGAACGGCAACGCAUAUGACAACGCCAAUGGUGCCUCGACGUGGGAGGUAGAAUCCGAGACCGUCCCAAUGCACCUCCAUCCCUCCACCGCCGCCGCUGCCACCAACACCAGACACUCGAGAAUGGUGUUUCCCGGUGAAGGGGGUUCAAUGCACGAUGCCAUGUCCGACACGUCCAGCGUAUCCCGCGCACGGUCCAAUUCGACCCUCAAGUCGUGGUACGACAAGUCCAGGGUGCCGCUUUCCGUCUCGCAGCAGACGUCCUCAUCCGCCAUUGCCAAGGGUGUACCGGCCAAGGCGAGCCAGCUGUUGGACGUGGACGGUACCGGCUUCAAUGCCCCGCGUCCUUCCAACCCGGCGAACACGACCACUACCACAUCGAACAAGAAGACAAAACGCCCUUCGAGGUUGGACUUUGCCAGCUUCAUAUCAAGCCACCUUCACCAUCGCGAUUCCCUCGCCGACGACCGUUCUGCCCAACCGUCACCGUCACCGUCACCGUCCCCGAACCAAGUCUCUUCCCCCAAUAGUCUGCCAUCACCCGAUCAUCGGAGGUCACUGAGGAGGUUGGUCCGGAAGCCGACUCGGGAACGGCUCGCCGAGCUUCCCGGAGAUGAUCAGAACUAUGACUACCGGGACUCUCAGAAUCGACCCAGGACGGGCGCCACUCAGAUGCACGGCAUCCUCAACGCAACCGCCCACAGCGCCAACUCGCCGCAAGACCUGUACAAUCAUUACGAAGAGGCUGCGUUCCGUCAAGUGGCCGAGCUUCCCGCGUACGAUGCUCCGCCGACAAUACGAGAAGAAGACGACGACAGCGCAUGGACGACCCACGACACCUCGCUUGCUCGUGCACAUGUGCACGCAAAGUCGCCGACCGACUCCUCCGGGUCCAGACCACUACGAUCACCCUCACAUCCUAACCGUGACAUCCACCGGUUUCCCACCACCCACGGCACAAACAAUACCCAUGCGAACCCCGUCAUCCGCGAGCCGCAGCCAAAGCACCAGGCGCAGACGCAGACGCAGACGCAGACCCAGCCGCACCACGAUGAUCGACGCGACUCAAAAAUCUCAUACCCUGGAACUUCCACCCAGUCCGCCUCCGCCGCCGGUUCCAUCCUCUCCCGGUCCCGCCAGCACAAGGGCAACGGGGCUUGGGACAAUGACUAUGCCUCCAGCCUGACCAGCGUGUCGAGCCGCCACACCAAGACGUCCCGGGCCUCCAAACACACCAGCCAGAGCCUCCCCGACUCGGAACGCCAGGAACGCAGCGUGCUGUCGCUCUCGUCCGACUCGGAGGGCGACGAAGAGGUGGAGGUGGAGCCGGACAGCCCGGCCGAGACGGCGUCCAAGUUAGCGCGGUCUAUUUCGAGCAUUGGCCAGUCGUCCAGGGAUUUGUCCGGAGGUGAUAAAAAAUCGAAGCGGGCGAGUUUUGCGACGACCAAUACGUAUCUCACCAUUCCGAGUAACAAUAACACUACCAUUACCAGUAACAACGGCAACCCCAACGCCAACAGUCCAUCGCCACCGAGGACAACACCGACGACGACUACCAAGCCCACCGCAUAUCAUAACGGGCGUCGUCAAACCUACUCGCCUCCCCGACCCGGCCCGCGGUCUUCAUCGCGCAUGUCCGCAGCAGCAUCGACAAUCAUCAAAUCGACCGCCACCACGCCACCAGAAGCCGACGCACAAGAACCCCUCAGCCCAACCUCGAUGCAUUUCUACUACGUCCGCUCAGAACCAGUAGUCACCUCGGAAUCCAACGAAGGCGCCUCGUCAUCGUCGUCGUCAAUACGCGACAGCAACCCGCGUUUCAUGGCCGUGACGCGGCAGGAACAGAUGCUCCUAGCCGCCCUACGCACCAAGCGCGCCAUGAUGCGGGAGAAUAACAACAGCCCCCCUGACGCCGUGGCCGAACUAGAGGGUCCCCUCCCCGAAGGGACGGCGUAUGGACAUAGCCACACGUCUUCGCAGGCCACGAUCCGCGGUCCUGCGGCGGGGGAUGAGAAGCCGUUUCUGCAUCAGUCGCAGGCUCGCCCGCUCCGGCAUCAGGGGUCGGGCACUUCGACAGGGACGGUCAAGUUCGAGCCGCGAACUUCCACGACGGCGACACCGACACCGACACCGCCACCGUCGUCAUCAACGGUAACAAAACCGAAAAAGCGCGACUCUGCCCGGUCGUCCUCCCGUCUUUCGAACCGUUCAGCGGAGACCAUAUCACCAAAAACCAAGCCGGCAUCGACGCGACCAAGCCCCGGGCUAGGCGACUUCGGCUUCGACCACGUCGACGAAGAAGACGAAGCCGACGACAGCGACGGCUUCUCCCACAAACGCCGCGACAGAGUCGCCAUGGCAACGCAGACGACCGACAACCCGCGCCAGGGGAAAACGGGACCGACCACCCAGGAAACACGCCGCGGGUCAUCCUCGUCCGGCAAGCCCAGGACGUCGCUCCCGCCACCUGGACCUCCGCCGGCGGUCCUCCCGGACCCGCCUCCCAGGGCGGCGCCUCGCGAGAAGAGGGUCGUGGCCCGCGAAUCGAGAACGAGAAAGGGACAUGGCGUUCCGAGGCCGGAUUCGCCUAUUUCGGCUGCCGCGUGGCCUGUCCCGCCGGUUUCCACUCCUGCUUGUCGGGCUGUGUCGGUGGGGGGGAGACUGACCCCUGCGGAUACGGCGCGGAGGAAGGCUGUGCGGUUGAGUGCGGUUGGGGGGCCUGGGCCUGAAGUUGGGUGGUGGGGGGAUGAUGGUUGAGGGACAUAUUCCCUUUUCUUACUUUUUUCUUUUUUCUUUUUUCCGCCCCUUAUUUUUUUUAAUCGGGUCUCCACGCUGAAUUGACAUGUGGUGACUGGGGUUCCUCGUGGGCGACGCAAAGGACGGAACGUAUUGUUUGAUUAUUUUUUAUAUUUCCUUUGUUAUUCUGCA